GCCUGUCCCGGCGGCGCAGCCCGGAGCUGGUUUGACGGGAGGAGCGGCCGCGGAGGAUGGAGGCGGUGGUAUUCCUCUUCUCGCUCCUCGACUGCUGCGCGCUCAUCUUCCUCUCUGUCUACUUCAUCAUUACAUUGUCUGAUUUAGAAUGCGAUUACAUCAAUGCUAGAUCAUGUUGCUCAAAAUUAAACAAGUGGGUGAUGCCAGAGUUGGUUGGUCACACCAUCGUCACCGUGCUGAUGCUUGUCUCCUGGCACUGGUUCAUCUUCCUUCUCAACCUACCUGUCUCCACAUGGAAUAUAUACAGGUUCAUUAUGGUGCCAAGUGGUAACAUGGGAGUAUUUGAUCCAACAGAAAUACACAACCGGGGACAGUUAAAGUCACACAUGAAAGAAGCCAUGAUUAAGCUUGGUUUCUACCUGCUCUGUUUCUUCAUGUAUCUCUACAGUAUGAUUCUGGCUUUGAUCAAUGACUGAAGCUGGGGAAGCCGGGCUGAAGCCAACCUCCACUACACAGCGCACAACUGAGGAGCCAGAGACUACUAAAACCACCCUAGAACCGUGACCGACCGGAGCAGUAUAUAUUUUGGUCUUUGAACAAAAAAAAAAAAAAACCCAAAAAAACAAAAAAAAAACAAAAACUAUUUUUGCUGUAUUUUUACCACAUAAAGUAUUUAAAAAAAUUGAGUUUUUGUAGAUUUCUGAUUUCUCAACCCCAGCACAUGAAGGUAUUUUGUCUCUUCUGUGGCUGUUUGGUAGAAGUAGGAAUGUGUGCCAGCUCUGCAUGCCAAAGAGAGAAAGGACACACCGAAAAGAGCCCUUAAUACAGUGGUCCUCAACCUAUGGAUCACCACCUCUUUAAGACCAUUGAAAACACAGAGAUUUACAUUGUGAUUCAUAACAGGAGCAAAAUUACAGUUAUGAAGUAACAACAAAGAUGGGUUUAUAGUUGGGGGGUCACAACAUGAGACCUGUAUUGAAGGGUCUCAGCAUGAGGAAAGUUAAGGGCCGCCGCCUUAGCAGAUGAGCGAGCCUGUCUGAAAGCCAGAGCAGAAGGCAGCACAGCCAAUCUGGACAAAGGAAGAAAGCCAUGUGAAUGUGGCUUAAGGAUGUGGGAGACUUUUCAGCUAAGUCUUUCAAUAGAAAAUGACGUCUUAAAAUAUACUUACUUCAGUAUUUGAAACCGUAUGAGCCAUAUACCCAAGUACAGUGUAAUUCCUGCUUAUAGAAAAGAAAAAUACAUUUUAAAAUCAAGAUUUACUAAGAGCUUUCAUUUUAAAGCUUGUGCCUCCAUAAUUCUGCCACCUCUCUGAUCACCUCAGCUCUUGCCAGGCCUUAUUUUGCAUCGUAAGUGUUCCAUUUGUAUUUGAUUUCUUUAAUAAUAUAUUUUAAAGGAUUUGGAGAAGUGAUUUGGUAGAAGUCACUCAGAAUCAGGAAACCAAUCAAUCAUUGUUAAAAAACAAACCGAGCAGCCUGUGGGAGCUCACUUGGUGCAGAAUUCACUGCAGCUCCUUCUGUUCCACACAGACCACUGUGUGCACUGGGAGCCCAGCGCAGGCCAUUGCAUGCACGUGGAAGCUCCUGCUCUGGGUGAGAGCGAGCAGUUAACCUGGUCUGUGAUUAUCAUAUCCUGUAGGGUGUGAAUCUGGCGAUGCAGCCUCUUUCCUAGCUGUACUUUAACGUUGGUGUCAUAAUCACUGACAGGGAAGGAAACAUGACUGGACACUGUGGCAUAAUGUACUUUGGUGGCAAAACAAAGUGUGUGGAUCCCCAAAAGAUGAAAUGUUUAAAUGUAGCAUGUCUUACUGAGUGAGGAGCUGGCAGACUUAAAAGCCAGGACUCUGGAUUCCCUGUUAGAAUGGGAGCUAUGCUCCGACCGCACAGGAAAAAAAAGGCUGGGACAGCAUGCAGAGGAAACCUGUUCCCUGGGCCUGUGUGAAAGCAGGAAAUCCUCCCUAUAAUCAUCUUGUGCUUCUGUCUAGAAAGGGGCUAAGCAGCCACUACAUGGGGAGUUACCUUAUAUUCCUAACACCUUUCCCUCGGGCACCCUCUGCUAACAGCUCCUCCCACCUUCCGGUGCCCUCAGUGUUAAAGUUUUCAAACAGACCUGCUGGGACUUCAUAGGAUGGAGAGACAUAGUGGAGGACCUUUGUCUAAAAUGUUUGAGCUUAAACUGAAAGCCAUGUAGCCAAGCACCUUUGGGCUGUCGGUUGUCAGGCAUACGCUGGUAAGGAGGAGGGAAUGAGAAAGCUGCCCUGUAUAAAAAGACCAAACGUAACUCUGAAACACUAGUUAAGGGUGGACACCCUUUAUUCCCCAUAUUGCUCAUGUGUAUCAAAACCAGGAAGGGGAGUCGUUUUUCUGGGUUUUUUGGAGAGAGGGAGGAAGAUGCUUUUAUAAACGCUGAAAAAGAGGAUGUGGGCGCUGGCCCUAAGUGGCUGUGGUUCUGAUGCCUGCAAUGCAGCUUUACAGUGAUCGGUGUUGCAGAGCGGCUUCAAGACCAUCUGUUCCAACUUUUUCAUCUCAAAGAUAGAGAGCAGAGGCCUAGAGGUUCUUAGAGGUUGACCAUCAGGAGCUCACCUCAGUGUUCUCUUACGCCCUCUUCUUCCCUGCCAGAGCUCUGUAAAGCUCUAAUGUUGAGGGCCUGGCCAGUGCAUCCUGCUGUAUCAUGGUCCCCCUUUCCCAGGCUUUUAACUGUAGCAGAUGCUGUGUGUCUAGAGCUGAGGAUGCAGCCCCUCUCGUCACAUCUAGCAGGUCCCUUUUCAUGCCUGCUACCCAAGAAGACAAUGUAGCAAGAGCCCAGCGGCUUCCUUCUGACCUGGUCUGACUUUAAAUCUGUACUGUUUCCUGUGGGAAGUACUCCUCACUUUCCAUGUGGCAUCUCUUGUAUGCAAACUAGAUUGUGCGCUCCUAGAGGGCAGCAUCCACUCUGAUCAUGUUUGUGUUGUCUUCCUUCCUCCUGGCGCCUAAUACAGUGCCUUGCACACAGACACAAUAAAUGG